CAAGAAAUCAUUGAAGUCAUGUGUUUUUUUUUACUUAUAUUAUUUUCAAUGGUUUGAAAGUGAAAUAUUUGUUUUUUUUUUUUUUGUGUAUUUGCACGUGUUAGACAUUGAACUAUGCUAAUUAUAUUUUUAUUUCAUGUUUUGAGUUAAGGUACUAAGAAUGGCUGCUCAAUCCAAAAAGAAAAAGAAUCAGAAAGGUUAUGCUGAGGGAACAGGUGAUUCCCCUGUCAAAAAGAAGCAAAAGAGAAUUUCACUUCCUGGUAUAGUUAUUCGAGAACCGAUUUCUGGCCAAGUGAAGGGACCAUGUACAAUUCAACAAGAUAAAAAUAAGGGAAAAGGAAAAAUAAUUUUAGAUCCCGACUCUGCCAAAGUAAAGAAAUCGCGUACAGUGCAACAAUAUAAAAACAAGAAUCCAGAUCAAAUGAUUGAAGGUGAGUGUUCCAAGGCAGCUGAACGGAAAAAAAAUAAAGGAAAAAGAAUGUUGAGUGAAGAGGACAAAAAUGAAGAAAGCGAGAGUUCAGAUGACGAUGAUUUUGAGGUUGUGCAUCCAAGGGUUCAAAUCGCGAACCUCAUGGAUGUACGGUGCAAACGAAGAGGAGUGAAGGAAAACUUUCCGAAGAAAAAAAAGGUCAGACAGAUUAUGGCAUCUGUUCCAGGUCUGAGAACACGGACUUCGCCAGCAUCACUGUUCAAGAAAAUUAGCUUGAUGAAUGAAGCUCAAAAACAAGCAGUACGUGACAUGGGAUUUGGGUCCGUAUUGCAGUUAGGUGUCAGAAAAUUACCUGGAAAACUAGCUUUCUGGGUAGUCGAGCAUUUCGACUGCAAGAGCUGUUCAAUUGUGGUGGGUGGUAAUCAAGGUAUAAGGGUUGAUGAAGAUGACGUGUAUAGAGUUUAUGGUUUUCCAAAAGACAAAAAGGAAAUUGAGAUAUUCGAGAGAAAACAUAGAAGUCCUCUGUAUGAUGAGUGGUUGGCAUUCUUUGAAGAUUCAACUAAGGAUGACAUAAAGAUCACACAUGUGUUGGACGUGAUGAUAGAAAGGGUUGAUGCAGAUAUAUGGUUCAAAAGACAUUUCAUAAUUGCCAUGGCAUGUUGUUUGAUUGAGAGCAUGACCAGUGGGACAGUGCAUCCUUACAUUCUGAAUUGUCUUCAUGAUAUGGACAAACUAAGAGAGUGGAAUUGGGGGGCCUAUGUUCUGGACAGUGCAUGUGAUCAGAGACUUUCAUGGGACAAAAAUAAAAAGAAAGUUUUUGCAGGACCAGCCUUGUUCUUGACGUGCCUUUACGUCGAUCGUAUACAGGUUUUCGGAUCACCAUCAAGGAGAGAAUUUCCUAUCAUUUCAAAUUGGACUACGUCCACUUUGUUGAAAAGGCAAAAGAAAGAAUUGGUUAACAGUUACUUUGGUGGUGGAAGACUUAGAACACCGAUUAAGCUUCCUGAUGAAUAUUAGAUUCAGCAUGAAACG